UAAACCGCAUUGGUGAAGCAGCGUUUGCCGGCCAGCGAGGAAGAUUAUUCGAGAUCCCCAUUCGGCACCAACGGCUUAUCCUAAUCGACAGAGAGAGGAUCAUAAAUUACGAGUGGGUUGCAAACGAAAAAAACGCCAUGUUAAACUUUCCGAAAUUCUUCAUGACCGGCAUCGGCAUCUGGCGACUCGACCUGAAGAUUCGAUACGCCGUCCUUAAAAAACUCUACGCUAUAUACUCGGUCAUUAUGCAGGCCUACUUUCUCGUCUUUAUGUGCUCGCUCGACCUGGAGUUUUUCCUCACCUGCACUAACGACAAAAACCCUUCGGAACUAUUCCAACAGCUCUCCUACGUUAUCGCCCUAUCCGUCGUCACCAUCACUUCCCUCCUAUGGCAAAAGGAGGAAAUUAGGGAAAUUAUCAUCCACAUGCUCAAAGAGGAGAAGACUAUAGCAGGAUCCGAGGACCCGGAAGUACUGGAUACCUACUUGAAUCAGGUCCGGGUAUCCGGAAAGAUCAACGUGGCCAUAUUCAGUCUGUCGUUCGGCGUGGCAUUGUCUAUAUUGCUAGAGACGUGGUGGCGACGUCAGCAAGUCAACAAAAUCAACGCUACUCGCAACGAGACAUUGGAAAAACCGUUCCCGUUGGAGCUGUACUACGGGUACGACUUUGAUCGUGAGCGGUACAGCACUCUGCUGCUGGUCACGCAAGGCGCGGCCUGUUUUAGUAUCAAUUUUAUGGUGACGGCGACCAAGGUGAUGUUCUUCACCUGCAUCGCGUUCGCCAGUAUGGUGUUAAAGACGUUGCAGAUUAAAUUUCGGAAGUAUGGGAGUCGCAAUCACGACCCGUCAAGAGAACUGACAGCUUUGAUAGUGGAACAUCAACGUAUCAUCAGGUUCGUAACCAACCUCAACGAAUCUAUGAAGUAUAUCGUAUUGCUGGAGUAUCUGCUAAACUCGCUAAACGUUGCCACAGUCUCCGUUCAGCUGAUAGUCACCAAAGCGGCAUCGCCGAUAUUCUUCUUGGGGUUCCUGUUCGCGCAGAUCUUCGUCUUGGGCUGGAGCGCAAACGAAAUUAAAGUCCAGAGCGCGGCUCUGGCAAACGCGCUGUAUGCGAGCCGCUGGCCCGACCAACCGGAGUUUGCGCAAAAAUUGAUAUUGGUUAUGAUUGUCAGAUCCCAGAGGCCUCUUGAGCUCACCAUCGGUCCCUUUGACGCAAUGACCACCCAGACAGCUUUAAGGAUCUUAAAGGCAUCUUACUCGUAUAUAACCCUAAUGAAGAACAAUUACGACCAAUUACCACCGUUUACAGGAAAAUAAUAAAUAACUGAGUCUUAAUAGCAGCUUAACUUUGAAGAAUUACACUUUGGUUAAUUUGAAGACAUAUUAUUGUUAAUCCGCAAAAUUUUGUUUUUUUUUAAGGUAUUCAACAUAAUUCAAGCAUCAAUACGUUAUAUAAUAUAUA